AUGCCAUCAUCAUUUAAGGAGAUGUAUCCAACAACAUGGGUUAUCAUUGACUGCUCAGAACUGUUCAUUGAAACUCCUAGCUCUUUUAGAACUCAAAGUGUUACCUAUUCAAAUUACAAGCAUCACAACACUGCUAAAGGUCUGGUGGGUAUCAGUCCAUCUGCUGCUGUAACCUUUGUAUCAGAUUUAUAUGCUGGAAGGUCAAGUGACAAGCAAAUAACCAAUGACUGUGGUAUUUUGAAAUUGCUUGAAGAUGGGGACUCUGUUAUGGCUGAUAAAGGAUUUGACAUUGAGAGUGACCUGCCAAAUGGAAUCUCACUCAACAUACCACCCUUUCUCCAUAAUAAAGAGCACCUGUCACUUGAAGAGGAGACAGAAACUUGA